AGUGUUUGUGUGUUCUUCAAAUUGUGUUCAUUUUUUAUCGUUUUCAUUAUGAAGAAAUGUAAAACCACUUAGUUGGGAAUGCUCCGGAACGGACUUGAGUUGAAAGGUUACCAAGUGACGUCACGGCCAAAAUGGCAGCCUACAUGGUGGAGAGCGGAGAGGAUGCAUUUAGAAAAAUAUUCAAAUUUUACAAGAGAAGACACCCUCCGCCAGAUUUCAGUAAUGUCCUUGACUUCUCCAAAGAUGUACUGAGUGACAAGGUAGUCCCAGCUAAAUUGGACCCAGUGACAGUGAGUGAUGUGGAGGCUACGAGGGUUGGAUUAAAGCCUGUCAGAGACUGGAGAGCCUUCGGCCUGCAGGGCUACCCAGGGUUCAUCUUCAUCUCCAACCCGUUCCUGCUGGGCUCCCAACCGUUCUGGGUCAGACAGUGUUUGAAGACUUACCCUCAGAAGCCCAACGUCUGCAACCUGGACAUGCACAUGUCUCUCUCUGACACCCAGGACAUCUGGGGUAAGAGCAUACAUGCCCUCAGUUGUCCUCCCUCUGGAAAGAGAGAACCACUGACUCUACUGGAGAAGCUGCGCUGGGUCACUCUGGGAUAUCAUUACAACUGGGAUACCAAGACUUACUCUGCCAACCAUUACACUCCUUUCCCAGCUGAUCUUCAUUUGCUGUCCUUACAAAUAGCAGCCGCCUGUGGCUUCCCAGGAUUCAAAGCAGAGGCUGGAAUCCUCAACUACUACCGACCUGAUUCCUCUCUAGGAAUCCAUGUGGACGAAGCAGAACUGGAUCACAGCCGGCCACUGCUGUCAUUCAGUUUUGGGCAGUCAGCCAUCUUCCUCCUGGGAGGCACACACAGACAGGACCCCCCCACUGCUAUGUACAUACACAGUGGGGAUGUAAUGGUUAUGUCGGGACAGAGUCGCCUCCUUUACCACGCUCUCCCACGAAUUGUUCCAGUGCCACAAGACCAUACCCCUUUAGAGAUGGAAGUCUGCAGCCUGGCCUCCUCCCUGCAGGACAGCACUGUGAUGGAGCAGAUAUCAAAACAGGACUGGAUGGUGUGCUCCAAGUACAUCCAGAGCUCCAGAGUGAAUAUGACUGUCAGACAGGUGCUGGGGUCUGGGCAGAGCUUCCCAGAAACACCCGCUUAUCACCAAAGGACUGAUGUAGGCCAGACAGUCGAGUACCGAGACCGCCCAGCAAACAGAGAGAGUGGGAAGAGAAAGAGGAGUAGUGGUUGUGCCUCUGUUGAUACUGUAGAGACAUGAAACAGACCAACUAGUGUAACACUCACUGAGAGAUGUGACGGUGCAGGGGAUAUUUGCAUCUGACACCAGAGUCCUCCUUUGCAGUGAUGUUGUGCUACUUGUCACCUUGAUUUAAAAAAAAAACAACAACAGAAACCACUUUAGUCAGAUGUGCUUUAAUACUUACACCUGAUCCAUAGUUAGGCUGUCUGCAUAAAGAGUGGCACAGCUGGAUCAGCUGUCAUUCAACCUGAGAAGCCAUGUUGUAACUUUUAAAUGGUUUUGAGUUACCAAUAUAUGCACUGCCCACAUAAAAAGAUGGGCACACUGUUAUCACCACCAGCACAGCUGUAUUUUUACCCCAUUAAAAAGUUUGACAAAUGUCAUGUUCAUGGAUAAUAUAUUCUGAAUAAUAAUCCCACCAAGAAGAGCUCAAACUUCCACCAAGGCCAAACACCAACAAUUCCUGAUU